AAACUACUAGAAAUAUAAACAUAGAAUGUUGAAAGCAGCAAUGUAUGGGGAACAUCGCGAAGGUUACCGACGAGCCGAGCAUGCGCAUUGACUAAGGUUGAAAAGAUUGCUGAAAGCUGAAAGGGUUUUCAGUAAGUAACGGAGCGUGUUGAGUAGUGUUGUGACCUACCGGGUGGAUACUUCCGAUUCUGAAGACGUGAUUCGAUCACGUUACGAUUUUUUCGGAAUAGAUUCAUUAUUAUUUAGUGUUGGGUUGUAGUAUCUUGCGAGUAAAUUGGUUUAUUUCAAUAGAUUAAUUAAAUACCAAAACAACAAUAUUUUUCUAUUUUCCGUGAAAAUUUGAUAAGAGGCAGUUAAAUGUCAAUCGUUCGUUGUUGAGUCCACAACUUCUGAAGUUGCUUUGAUGUCUAAGUGAGAGUACAUUGAGGGUAUUUCGAUUAAUUCCAAAAUAUACCUAGAUAGCUAGUAGGAAUACAUAUGUAUUAUGUGGUAGGGAGAAUUAUAAGGCGCACGUAUUUUUAGGAAAUUCGUCAAAAAUUUGUUACUCUUUGUUAUUUAUUUUAAUUAUAGUCUUCUUGUUACUACUAUCACAGAAAACAUAAUUAUGUGCAAGUACUACUACAUAAAUAGAUGGUAGUGUUUGCCCGAUUAUCGACAAAAUUGAUAUUUAUCGUAGGUUAUAAAGUAAUUUCUUUAGUGAUUUUUAUGUUUACUAGUAAGUAAUUUCAUCGUACUUUUUACUAGGAAGCGAAGUACAUAAUAUAGAGUCGUGUAUAAACUACAAACCGAUGCUAUAAAAAUAAAAUGGAAAGGGUUGUAAGCACCGACAGCUGAAAAUUCAUAUAUCUGCCGCUAAAUAAGGCGGGAAUCCCGCAUCACGUGUCCGACUGAGUCAAGCUGUUACCCGAAAUACCAGAACCCACCACACCGCCGGCUCUCGGCCCGGCGGGUGAGCGGGCUGAGAGCAAGCGGCGGCUGCAGUUCUUCCCCCGGGCGAGCAUGGCUAAGCCUGACAACGGGGUGCACGAGACUCUAGAAGAUCGGGAUCCUAAUGGGCUUAACCCACAUAUACAGAUCGUAUGGGACGACAUAGUGGGCGAGCCCGAGGGCGCGCGCAGCCCGGAGUGCGCGUGGCGCCUCAGCCACCUGUGCUUCAAGCACUCGCGCAACGCUUGCUACACGCUGCUGGCCGUGCUGGCCGCGCCGCCCUGCGCGCUGCUGCUGGGCUGCGGCUUCGCGUGCCUGGCGUUCGAGCAAAUAUGGUGCACGACGCCCUGUCUGAGAUGUUUGAAGAUAUACUGGGCAUCACUGAGGACGUUCGUGCAGUCUUGUAUGGCGGCGACAGUGGCGCCCACUAUGGAAGCAGUCGGCCAUGUUUGCCGCCACAUACGCGUCAACUUGAGACGCGACGCUGCAGAGGACCGCGAUUUAUUGAUAAUAUAGACUAGAAAAAUUAUACUAUGACUAUGUGUCUAAAAAUUCUAGUAGAUAUUAUAAGAGAUACGAUUAUUUAACAUUCAACGGUGUACCCACCUACCUACCAACAAACAAAUUAGGGAUUGCAUGAUUCUUAAUUUGAAUUGUGUGAAAACAUAAACAAAUUAUAUAUUUUUUUUUUGUUUAUCUGUUACCUAAGAAAAUAAUAAUAGAUUAUUAUGCAGUAGGUAAAUAUUAAUAAGAAAUUUUAGUGAAGAAGCAGACAUCUGUUUAUAUUUUGAAAAUAAAAGCAGUAUUUUCGGUGUUUUCCAUGUAAAAUUAAUAUUAUACUAUAAUUUAUAAGGAAUAAUAGUUAAUUAUUUAAAAAAAUAUUUAUAAUACCAUAACCUAUAUUUAAUUAGAUGCCGUAAGUGCCUUUUUUAAUAUCAUGUAAAAAUAUGAGAUAAAUAAAUUUGUGUCGUGUUGGAGACGAACAUGUUACAUACCUAUAUUUAUAUACCUAUAUAUUUUUACUGGUCAAAUCAUUAUAUGGGUUCAAAUGUUUUUACAAUUUUGUUGAGAAGAACGUGUUCUGUAUUUUUAAAGGUGCCUCCUGCUUGCCUACAAAUCAUUAAUUUUAUUACGCAAUUUACAAUAGCAUCGAAAUGUAUUUUCACAUAAAUUUAUAGUCUGUGGUAUUAAAAAAAAUGUGUGACAAUUUGAAAAAUGCACAAAUCCACAACGUGAAUAAAUAAAAAAAAAAAAACAAAAACGCGCGAAAGUUUUUAUUUU